UGCUGAACUGAACUGAACCGCAGAACUAAAUCCCUGACCAAACCCUUAACACAUUUGUGCAGGUAAUUCGAGAACAAUGUCAAAUCUAGAGGGAUUUCAUUUAAACACUCCUCUACUGGAGAGCACUGAUAUGUCAAAACGGGCCGGGACAACCGUCUAUCUAAAAAUGGAAAGUUCACAACCCUCCGGCUCAUUCAAAAUUCGCGGUAUAGGACACUUGUGUCAAUCGGUCGUAGCUUCUGGGUCAAAGGGAGUGGUUUGCUCUUCAGGUGGGAAUGCUGGCAUGGCCACAGCAUACGCAGCGAGAAAACUCAAUAUCCCAGCGACCAUCGUUGUGCCAUCAUCCACACCUCAACUGAUAUUGCAGAAAUUGAGGGAUUGGGGUGCUUCAGUCCACGUUUUUGGCAAGGUGUGGGAUGAUGCUAAUACGGAGGCCUUGCGUCUGGUCCAGACUGAGGGUUUGGGCUAUGUUCCUCCGUUUGAUCAUCCGCUGCUGUGGAAAGGUCACUCCAGUAUUGUGUGGGAACUCAAGGCCUCUCUGCCCUCCCAGCCUGGUGCUAUCGUGUUGUCGGUUGGGGGAGGAGGCCUGUUCUGUGGGGUUAUGCAGGGCCUAGAUGAGGUGGGCUGGGGCGAUGUUCCAGUCAUCUGUAUGGAAACAGUGGGUGCAGACUGCCUCAACGCCGCUGUCAAAGCUGGGCAGCUAGUCACUCUACCAGAUAUUGUAAGUGCAGCCAAAUGUUUAGGAGCGAAAACAGCUUGCAGCCAGGCAUUUGAAUAUAGUAAAAGGCCUAAUGUCAUCUCAGAAGUGGUGACAGAUCUCCAGGCACUGGAAGCAGUAGAACAUUUCUUGGACGAUGAGCGGGUGCUGGUGGAGCUGGCGUGCGGCGCGGCGUUAGCCGCAGUGUACAGCGGACUGAUCCAGAGGCUGCAGGAAGAGGGCCGUCUACCGAAACCGCUGGGCUCUCUGGUGAUGAUUGUGUGUGGAGGAAGUUCUGUCAGCAUGGCUCAACUGCAGCACUUUCAGACAGCUUUACGCAGAUGAACGUCAGAAAACGUCUCCCGCAGUCUGAACAUAAAAAUCCACAGUGACGAUUUUUAAUGGCUUUGACAUACUAAAAGUGCGCAGAUUUAGAGUUUUAAUUAGCUUGGAUCUUCAGUCCAUUAUGACAAAUCUCUAGCAGAAGACCCAUUAUUUUUCUUCCUCUCUUGCCUCAGGCUUUUUAGAGAUAUAAGAAUUGCAGAUUGAAAUAAUGUAUUACUUUAAUUUGGAAGCUGAAGGUUCUUGGACCUCUUGCUAAGCCAAGUCAGAUAACACUUUAGGUAGUGUUGUGGCAAUGAGGAAUAGCAUUUAGGAAUAAGGCCGAGUUACUUGCCUUUCAGGCCAGCAGAUGGCGCCCAUGCUUGCUUUUCAGCUCAAACCAAUGGUUGUAGUCCAUUGGUUUGCUCUGCAGAUAUUCUUAUCAUAUAGAUAUUCUCUGCAGAGAUGUGUGAAAAGUUCAUGGGGUUCAGUGCCUAUGCUUGCACAUCACAGUUUGUUUAUUAUCAUGUA